CAAAAGCAAAUAGACACUGAAAACACAAGUCCUAAAUAUUAGAGCACAAAUAAGAAAAUUUGUAUAGACAAUUUUUGAAGGCGUUAAUUGAGUAGACUAUAUCCAAGUAAAUUCGAUCUGCAUAAUGUUCACUCGUAGCGCCCAAUUGAACUUUCUAAGAGAGUACCGGAAUGCCUGUGCAGGCGAUGAUGUUCCAGCUCAAGAAUUGGUCCGCGAAGCCUCCUCCGCCUGGCAGGCUCUCACUCCUGAGGAGAAGUCACUGUUCGAGGAGAAGGAGUAUUUGUCGGCUCGUCUCGCUGAAGCUGGUCCAUCGGCCAUAGGAAUUACUGUGGGUUUGUUGACAGCGCAGCUGAGCGACAACCUGAUGGAAAUGGGCAGCAAGGCAGAGAUCUGGACAAAGUCUACAGCCAAGUCGAAGUCCACAAAAGGAAACACAUCCAAUUCGUCUGAUUCUGAUGUGGAUCAACCUUAAGCUUCUCUGCACUGAAAUGAAGGCUUAGUAUUUCAUAUUUGUUGCUGCCUUCCAAUACUUUUUUGCACAAUUUACAAACAUGA